AUGACGGUCGAGGUGCGUCGCGAUAGCUUCAAAAACUUUUGGGAUAAAUUCUCCGACAAGCCCGACACCAACUCGAUGAUGCUCAACCAUUCCGCCGAGGAUUUGGAGAGUCUCGAUCGCGCCGACAUUCUCGCCAGCCUUCCGGUGCUCACCAACAAGGAUGUCGUCGACAUUGGCGCCGGCAUCGGACGAUUCACAACGGUUCUCGCUGAAACCGCCCGCUGGGUGCUUUCCACCGACUUCAUCGAAAGUUUCAUCAAGAAGAACCAAGAGCGCAACGCGCAUUUGGGCAACAUCAAUUACAAAGUUGGCGAUGCUGUUGGCCUCGAGAUGGAUAACAGCAGUGUCGAUUUGGUAUUCACCAAUUGGCUAAUGAUGUACCUAUCGGAUAAGGAGACCGUCGAGUUCGUUCUGAACACAAUGCGCUGGCUGAGACCGCACGGAAUGGUGCAUUUGAGGGAGAGCUGCUCGGAGCCGAGCACCGGACGAGUCAAGGGCAAAUCGAUGCAUUCGGCCGACACGAAUCCAACGCAUUACAGAUUCUCGUCGCUUUAUAUUAAUCUGUUGCGCGCAAUUCGCUAUCGCGACGACGACAACAAAUUGUGGCGCUUCAAUGUGCUGUGGAGCUGCUCGGUGCCAACGUACAUCAAGCAUUCGAACAAUUGGCGACAGGUGCAUUGGCUCGCCGAGAAGGUUCCCGCCGAGGAGGGAGCGCAAGAGACGAGUUUCGACGGGCUCGUCGAGCUGCUAAAAACCACGUGGAAUUGCCAACAAGAAGUUUGGGAUCAAAAGCUCGACGACGAGAAGUACAUGUGGACCGAUGAGAUCUUCUCGUCGUCGCUGAACGAGAAGAGCGUUCGCUACGCGGGCGCGACCUACGUCUACACACCGCGUCGCGUCUCGCCGUUUGUCCACGUGAACGCGCACCUUCUCGCCGAGAAGUUCCACACCAACGUGUGGAACGUGGAAACCGUUCCGGAGUAUUAUAGAACAUCGUUGACGCGCGCGAAUCACCUCCGAGAUCAGCGCGUUCAAUUCGGCUGGAAUGAGGACCUCAUGUCGUCGUUGACGUAUUGGCAGCAGAGGGAUGCCUCGUUUGACACAAUCAUCGCCACUGAGCUCAUUUCUACUGCGACACAGAAGGAGCUCAAUGCUCUUCGGGAUGUUCUUCGUCAGGAAGCCUCACUCAUCACCCUCGAGCCAAUGGAGGAUGAGCAAGAGAUUCGAAGGAAGCUAUGGGACGCUGGAUUCAAAAUUCUUAAAAUCACUAACGUUACAUCGCAGGCGAUUCAAGCGCAAGAGAAAUAUUUCAAGGAGCAUAAUCUGGUAGAGGAGAAGAUUGUGAGCACCUCGUGGCUCCUGGUUGAAGCCGAACUGUAA